GAAUCAUUUCGCCUUCUCUCUGGCUGCAUUCUUGCAGCCAUUGAGAAAUACUGUGUGAGCUGUGAUUGGUCACAACUUGUCACAUGGUACAAGGCUGUUGUGAAUGGCCCUGUACCAUGUGACCUCUGUGAUCAUUCACAGAUUUCAAACGUAGUAAGCAAUGAUGUCAGAAGUGACAUCUUGCUUACACCUGUUUAUGGCCAAUCAGUGAUCACAUGAUCGGGACCUCACACAGAGGUUCCAUACAGCGGCUCCCAGUGAGCGCACACAGUCCAAAACGGUGGGCGUCGUUUAUGA